AUGACUCAAAUACUUGGAUUGCUUCCCUUUACCUUUGGUGUUGAAAUUGAAGUCCUCUUUGCAAUCGAUCAGACUAAAGUCGAGAAUCAACCGCAAUACAACUAUCUUCGCAUCGAAAACUAUCAGUCGGAUGAGAGAGACAUGCUCGGCAAAUACGUAAACAAGGAGGAUUGGUUGGGGCAAGCCGCUACUGUGCUUCGAAGAAGAGGCGCAGAUCUCGCGAUACUCAGUCCUCCUACCUUUAUUCCUGAAGACGAUUCAGAUCUCUUCCAGCACUGGGUGCUGACAACAGAAUGUGCAGUCAAAUUUCCCAAAAGCGACCGGCAGAUAUCAGCAUGGUCAAACGAUCAGAUUCAGGAUCUUGGAGAACGGACUUUUGUAGGGCUUGAAUUGAUCUCUCCUAUUCUUGCAGUGCCAGAUCUGGAAGUCUCCGACCACGAGUCUGAGAGCCUUGCGGAAGUCAACCAAUACCUAGACAUCUUGACUAGGAGAUCAUCUGCAAGAGCACCAUAUCAUUUCAUUGCGGGGCCCAAAUCAACAAGCGUUCAUGUCCAUGUCGGACUGGAGCCAUCCGAGAAUGGUCAGGUUGCCCUACCUCUGGACAUUGUGCGCCAUCUAGCCUGGAUUGUCAUCUGCUUCGAAGAUGUCUUCACACUACUGCAUCAUCCAGAGCGUCACGGCUAUCAACGGACAAAGAGCGAUGGGCGCGCCAAAUCUAACCGUGCUGCUUACGGCAGAGAGCCAGGAGUAACUCACCAUUCUUGCAAGACCUUUUCUCUCAUUGACGCGUUCCUACAAAUCUUCAGGGACGAGAUUGGAUUUGAUAAGUACGGCAAAAGAUGGUUGGGAGACAUGUUAUCGGAUCGAUAUUGCUUCGUCAAUUUCACCAAUGCUGUUCCACUUAGCCAUCAGACUCAAAAGAUGACUGUCGAAUUUCGACAGCAUCAUGGCACCCUGGACAAGAAGGACAUCAAUGAAUGGAUCCUCUUCGUCACAGCAAUCAUCAAAACAGCAGAGCGGAAAGCAAACCAAGGACGACAAGAUGUUGAACUGCCGGCCAAUCUGAUCCAGAAAGUUGGGGCCAAGCGUCUGGUCGUCACAGAGAUGUCGAAAUACGCAGCUACCUUCAACUCACCCAGGAGAACAUUGAAGGAGCUUUUCGAUCUUAUGGAGCUUCCAAUCGAGAGGCGUCGCUAUUGGUGGGCUCGUGCGAGGACGUUUCAGACCAUGUUAUCUGAGGGACGCACAGUUGGACAGUAUAAAUUUCAAUCCUGCUGCAGUACUCCGUGGUGUGAAGGAUCUACUCUGAGAGACUGUGAAGGGUGGAAAGUAGGGGAGUUGGACACACAGCCGUGGGACGAGCCGCAGCAGUCGGAUUCGAAGACGGUCGAAGUAUCCGUGAUGGGAGUUGACGCCGAUGGGGACGCAAACAUGAUGGAUUAGUGCAGCGCGGAGCGUCGGAAGUGGGGAGC